AUGAACCCAGUCAACACCCAGCCAUACAAGCUUCCGGCUGACGCUACUUGGCUAGUUACCGGCUGUUCAUCCGGAAUUGGUCGUGCAAUCGCAAGUUUGAUUGCAAGCAAGCCCAACCAACGCAUCAUCGCUACGGCUCGGAACCCAGAUGAUCUAUCUUACCUGCCAAACGACAAUCCGAAUGUGCUCAAGCUUGCUCUGGAUGUGACGUCUGUCAAAUCUGUGGACGCAGCUUUCGCAGCAGCAGCCAAGCACUUCGGUGAGAACUUCCAUCUCGAUGUCGUGGUCAACAAUGCAGGAUAUUCGCUCUCUGGCGAUACCGAAGGCGCAACGGAAGAGGAAACACACCAAGCUAUGGAGACGGUGUUUUUCGGAACUGUACGCGUCACAACACGCAGUAUUGCUGUGAUGCGACAGGCCAAAGAUCACCGAGGCGGGCUGAUUUUCCAAAUCUCCUCGCUUGCCGGACUUUGCGCAUUCCCUGGUCAUGCAUUUUACCAUGCUGGAAAGUUUGCCGUGGAAGGAUUUUCAGAGUCUGUGGCUAGGGAGAUGCAUCCCGACUGGAACAUCAAUUUCUGUAUCGUCGAGCCAAGUGGCGUGAAAACCAACUUUGAGGGACACAGCAAGACUAAGAUUGAGCCUCAUCCUGCCUAUGUUGACGAGAGUAUGCCUGCCAGGAAACUUGAGAAGUAUGUGAAUGCUGGUAUGAAGCUCGGCGUGGGCAUGGAGCCCUCGGCUUUGGCCGAGACUCUUUUCACUAUCGCUAGCCGCGAAGAAUGUGUUCCUCUUCGGCUGCCUCUUGGUGCUGUCUCGUGGAAACUCUCGAUGUCUAAGUUUGAGACCUUGCUCAAAGACUUUGAAGCAGUGAAGGAUAUCAGUGCCAUGGGUGAACAGAUCUGA